CAGCGUUACUGUCGUUUGAUUUUGCAAUCGUAAAAUGCCUGAACCUGCCAAGUCUGCGCCCAAGAAGGGCUCCAAGAAAGCGGUGACCAAAACCGCUGGCAAGGGAGGAAAGAAGAGGAAGAGGACCAGGAAGGAGAGCUAUGCCAUAUACGUGUACAAGGUCCUGAAGCAGGUCCACCCCGACACCGGCAUCUCGUCCAAGGCCAUGAGCAUCAUGAACUCGUUCGUUAACGACAUCUUUGAACGCAUCGCUUCUGAGGCUUCUCGUCUGGCGCACUACAACAAGCGCUCCACCAUCACCUCCCGGGAGAUUCAGACCGCUGUCCGCCUUCUGCUGCCCGGUGAGCUGGCUAAGCACGCAGUUUCUGAGGGCACCAAGGCUGUUACCAAGUACACCAGCUCCAAGUAAACUCCUGGUUAACGUCACGAACCCAAAGGCUCUUUUAAGAGCCACCCACAUUUUCUAAUGAGAAAUAAUCCUAGUAUCAAAUGCCAACCCUAACCCUGUUAAUUCAAGUUUGACGUGAAGUGAAAGGAAAAGUGUCCUCAGUACUUUGUCAAGCGGUUAUUAAGUGAUUGUCACUGAAAAUCCUGAAGCUGUGUUUGAAAACCAACUAGUUCCUGUGUCAGUGCAAUAUG